AUGAGUCUUUUGCGCGCUUCCCGGCACGUAGUGACUCGGGAGAGUAGCAUUCGCAGCUCCUACGCAGAAAUUUCCAAAUUUCGUCGCACAUCUUAUCACGGGACCACGCCAAAGUGUGUACGGUCAUCCUUAGGAUAUGCAUACCGGAACUUCGCAAGCUCACAUGAUUCUACGCCCGAUGAUCAUCUGAAGAAAACUCUCGACGAAUUCAAGGCUACCAUCCGUCCAUCCUCCUGGGAUUCACUGAACUCAGUAUGGGCAAAUGCACAGCACAUACACUACCCUCCUGGGGAACAGGUUGAACUCGUUGGCUACAUCAGUACAAGACGGGAUGUCAGCCAGAAGCUCUCCUUCACCAUGCUCCGAAAUAAAAACCAAACAUUGGUUAUCCAACUUGUCUCAGGGGAAGGAGACGGUGGAUCCAGUGGAACAGAUGCACAUGCCUGUUUACGAUCGUUGAAAGAGUGGACUCCUGUUCUUGUAAGAGGAACGCUCAGGGAGCGUCCACAAGCCAGGCAACAGUUAAUCGACGGCAUCAAGUUGAUCGGGGCUCGCGAGGUUGCUGUGGAGCACGUGCAGCCCCUCAACGACAUAUCAGAAGACAUCAUCAUCAAGAAUGACACAGUGUUUGGUCCAGAUCAACGGCAUCUGCAGCUUCGCACAGACAGAGAAUUGCGCGAGGAUAUCUUGACGCGGGCGAAAGCCAUGACGCGGGCAAGAUUGCACCUUAACUCGGAGCAAUGGAGGGAGAUUGAGACGCCCAUACUUUUCAAGUCGACACCUGAGGGUGCAAGAGAGUUCCUCGUACCAACACGACAGAAGGGCCUAGCAUACGCAUUACCACAAAGUCCACAGCAAUAUAAGCAAAUCUUAAUGGCCUCCGGCAUCACGAAAUACUAUCAAUUUGCGCGGUGUUUUCGAGACGAGGACUUGAGGGCUGAUAGGCAGCCAGAAUUCACUCAGCUCGAUAUGGAGAUGUCCUUCGCUAACGAGGAAGAUGUCAUGAACGAAACUGAGGAUCUUCUCAGAGAGCUCUGGUAUAAAGUUCUGAAGCCUUUUGAAAAGUUACCGGCAAAAUUUCAGCGAAUGAAAUAUCAGACUGCGAUGGCUCACUACGGAUCUGAUAAACCGGAUCUACGGUACAAAUCAAAGAUACAUACCAUCACUGAGCAUCUGACACCAGAUUUGAUAGGAAAAAUCACCUCGCUACAGGAUCCGGCAGUCGAUGCCAUCAAGAUUUCAAUAUCUGAGGAUCCCAAGGUUACCCGCAAAUUCGUUUCCAGCUUCCUCGACAGUCCAGAUGGGAAGAUAUAUCUGGACAAUCCGGACGGCCAACCAGGUAUCUUCAUCGGGGAUCUGUCACAGCCCAUGCAAGGUCUCGGACCUUUAGGCCGCCAGUACGAGAUGGAAGGUCCCGAAUCUUUGAAGCCAGAGAACGGAGACCUUCUCAUUCUCCAAGCGCGUCCCAAUGUACCAUUCUCUGGUGGCUCAACCAUGCUGGGAAACUUGCGUCUUGCUCUCCACAAGGCAGCUAUAGCGCAAGGCCUAGUGGAGGCGCCGGCGAAAGACGACUUCAAAUUUGUCUGGAUCACGGACUUUCCACUAUUCACACCAUCGAGUGACAGCGAACCAGGUCAAGGCGGCUCCGCAGGCUUCUCAUCGACCCACCACCCUUUCACUGCCCCAAAGCUACCCGAAGACGUUGACAAGCUACUCACAGAUCCUUCUUCCGCGGUAGCAGCGCACUACGACAUUGUCCUCAACGGCGUCGAACUUGGUGGCGGUAGUCGCCGUAUUCACUCCGCCGCCAUGCAAGAGUUCAUCUUCAAGGACAUUCUCCAGAUGAAGCCUGAGCGUGUGGAGGACUUUAGACAUCUGCUCAACGUAUUGAGGAGCGGAUGUCCACCCCAUGCAGGUAUUGCGCUGGGAUGGGAUAGGCUAAUGGCUGUCAUGUGUGGACGAGAGAGCGUGAGGGACGUCAUUGCUUUCCCGAAAAGUGGGCGAGGCGAGGAUCUGUUGGUCAAGAGCCCGAAUCGGAUGACCGAUGAGCAGUUGGCUACGUAUCAUCUGAAUUUGAGAGACUAG